CACUCACCACCUUCGAAGAUAAAUACAGAAAGAGAAAAAUAAUAAAAAGUGUGUGCUUUUAGAAUCACAAGAGAGAAAAAAAUUUAAAAAGUUUUUUUUUUUUUUUACUUAAAAAAAGAAGAACGUGGGAAAAUUCGGAUAAUGUUGUGAUUAUUGUUUUUUGAGGGUUGUUUUGGAAUAGGUUUGUUUGGAUGAGAUCGGGUUCUGGGUGUGUUGGUGGUGGUUACUUGCAUGUGAGAUUUUUUGGGGGUUAGGGUUUUGUGGCAUUUUGGGUUUUUGAGGAGAAUAAGGUUUGGUUUUGUGAUGGUGUGUUGGGGGGUGAGGUGUCAUUUGGAUCUGAGGUUUGUUCUAGUUACUUAGUUUUUGAUGGAGAGAGAGUUGUGGGGUUCUGUUUUCAUCUGGUGGGUGUUAUUAGCUCACCCAUUGUGGUUGGUUUCUGCUAACAUGGAAGGUGACGCCUUACAUAGCCUGAGGACAAAUUUACAGGAUCCUAACAAUGUUUUGCAAAGUUGGGACCCUACACUUGUCAAUCCAUGCACUUGGUUUCAUGUAACCUGCAACAAUGACAAUAGUGUCAUAAGAGUUGAUCUGGGAAAUGCUGCUUUGUCUGGUCAACUUGUUCCGCAGCUUGGCCAACUCAAAAACUUACAGUAUUUGGAGCUUUACAGCAAUAACAUUAGUGGCCCAAUUCCAAAUGACCUGGGGAAUCUUACUAACUUGGUGAGCUUGGAUCUUUAUCUAAACCGCUUCAGUGGACCUAUCCCAGAGUCAUUGGGCAAGUUAUCAAAAUUGCGUUUCCUCCGGCUUAACAACAACAGCUUGACUGGCCCUAUUCCCAUGCCACUGACUAAUAUUACUGCUCUCCAAGUGCUGGAUUUGUCUAACAACCGUCUCUCGGGUGUGGUUCCCGAUAAUGGCUCCUUCUCAUUAUUCACUCCUAUCAGUUUUACCAACAAUUUGGAUCUAUGUGGCCCAGUCACUGGGCAUCCUUGUCCUGGAUCUCCUCCAUUUUCUCCCCCUCCCCCUUUUGUCCCACCACCCCCAAUCUCACCUCCAGAAACAAAUGGUCCCACUGGUGCAAUAGCUGGAGGAGUAGCUGCAGGUGCUGCACUGUUAUUUGCUGCUCCUGCAAUUGCAUUUGCAUGGUGGCGUCGAAGGAAACCACAAGAAUUUUUCUUUGAUGUUCCUGCUGAAGAGGAUCCUGAGGUACACCUUGGACAGCUUAAGAGGUUCUCACUACGAGAACUGCAAGUUGCAACAGAUACUUUCAGCAAUAAGAACAUUCUUGGAAGGGGAGGAUUUGGUAAGGUGUAUAAAGGACGCUUGGCAGAUGGCUCACUGGUUGCCGUGAAAAGAUUGAAAGAGGAGCGGACGCCUGGUGGGGAGCUUCAGUUUCAGACUGAAGUAGAGAUGAUCAGUAUGGCUGUGCAUCGCAAUCUCCUCCGUUUACGUGGAUUCUGUAUGACGCCAACUGAAAGGCUACUUGUAUAUCCUUACAUGGCUAAUGGAAGUGUUGCCUCAUGCUUAAGAGAGCGUCCGGCACAUCAACAACCCCUCGAUUGGCCAACAAGGAAACGUAUAGCAUUGGGAUCAGCAAGGGGUCUUUCAUACUUGCAUGAUCAUUGUGACCCAAAGAUUAUUCAUCGUGAUGUAAAAGCUGCAAACAUACUAUUGGACGAGGAGUUUGAAGCUGUUGUUGGGGACUUUGGGUUGGCUAAACUGAUGGACUACAAGGACACCCAUGUUACAACAGCUGUACGGGGCACCAUUGGGCACAUAGCACCAGAAUACCUAUCCACUGGUAAAUCUUCAGAGAAAACUGAUGUCUUUGGGUAUGGUAUAAUGCUUCUGGAGCUGAUCACUGGACAAAGGGCUUUUGACUUGGCACGUCUUGCAAAUGAUGAUGAUGUUAUGUUGCUGGAUUGGGUAAAAUCACUUCUGAAAGAAAAGAAGCUAGAAAUGCUGGUUGAUCCUGAUCUCCAAAGCAAUUACAUAGAUGCUGAGGUAGAACAGUUAAUCCAGGUUGCACUGCUUUGUACACAAGGUUCCCCUAUGGACCGGCCUAAGAUGUCAGAAGUGGUGCGAAUGCUCGAAGGUGACGGCUUGGCAGAAAGAUGGGACGAGUGGCAAAAGGUGGAAGUUCUCCGGCAGGAAGUGGAGCUUGCCCCGCAUCCGAAUUCCGAUUGGAUUGUUGACUCAACUGAAAAUCUACAUGCAGUUGAGUUAUCUGGUCCAAGGUAACUUUGGCACAAUAGCAAGUAUAAGGGGUAAAAUAGAAUUAUUUAUGACAUUUUUUUAACUAUAAAAGUUUUCUUUCACUUUGUCCUUUCCUGAUUACAAGUCAUGUCCACUGCAUUGUAUUCAUUUACAUUUGUGCAUACGGAUUGCUUUCUUGAGUUACAAUGUGUAUCAUCUGCUGUAGUUUGUUGAAGUGAAAUUUUACUUAGAUGAAACAAUUGCAGCUCAACUCUGUACACCAUCUUCAUACGUUUUCUAAUCUGUGAUUUAUUUGAUCAUGUUACAUUUGACUUUCUUUC